AUGUGGGCCAGCACCGGUGGAGCCAAAGCCCUGGAGGAAGUCGAGGUAUUAGGGUACGGGGCGGGCCAGAGCCCUCAGCUGAAGGAGGUGGACCGCUGGGCCGAGGGCUGCAGCAGCAAGCGGGCCACGUCCAGCGGGUGGAACCGAGGGCGGCGGGACGCAGGGCAGUCACUGGGACUGGGACUCUCCGUCAUCACCCAGCUGUGGGGCCUACUGAAACUCCAACGGCCCCUACGGCCCGCCCACCCCAAAACAUACCGGCAACCCGGCCAGCCGUGUGCCACACGCCCCUGGGGACGGGCAGGCAGCGGCCGUAGGGUCCGGGGGCUGCCCAUGACCAAGGUUUCUCCACAGCCCCUUCGCCCAAGUCGCAAGAUCCCUCUAGACUGUCGGAGGGAGCCCGGGCUCCCGGCCUGCUGCAGCCGCAAGGGCGCAUGCAUCAUUGCCACCGGCGGGCUGCUGCUGGGGGCCAUCGCCGCCGCCACCGUGCUGUUGGCCAGCUUUGGGCUCCCCACCCCGGAUCCAGGGCCCCGGGCCUGCGUGAGCACGGAGAACCGCACGGGCUUUCUGUGUGAUGACCGGGAGACCUGCAUCCCGGCCCGGAAGGUCUGCGACCGCUUCCGACACUGCGCCCGCGGGGAGGACGAGGACGAGGCGCUGUGCAAUGACCCACCGUACAGCCUCCCCGGCUUCCUGCUUUUCUCGUGCGGCCGCCCCGGCGUCUGGGUGUACGCCGACCAGCGCUGCGAUGGCGUCAACCACUGUGGGGACUGUGCCGACGAGCUCGGACCCCGUGCCGACUGUCCACCCUGUGGCCCUCAGGGGUGGCCCUGCCUCUCCACCUUCUACCAGUUCUGCGGGUGUGUCCCCCGACACCUGUGCCGGGACCAAGUCCAGCACUGCAAAGACUGGUCGGACGAGUUCAUCUGCACCCGCGCAUGACCGCCAGCAGCAGUGUGGCCCCACCUGUCCAGCCCAGGAACCGAGUGCCGGUCAACCUCAGGGUCAGGGGUAGACUGACACUGCUGGUAUUUACUGAGCACUUACUGGGUGCAGAGCACUGUACUCGGUGGGCAAGUUAGUUACCUACUCUUAUGCCUCAGUUCCCACAUCAGCAAAAUGGGGAUUCAACAUCUGUUCU